CAAGAAGCUCGAGCCAGCCAACAUGGCCGACCUGGGAAAGAAGUACUGCGUGAACUGUCUGGCAGACGUUACAAAUCUCCGGCUUCGUUGCACCGACUGCCCCGAUAUCGAGCUGUGUCCAGAGUGUUUCUCGGCCGGCGCUGAGAUUGGCAACCACCGGCGAUGGCACGGCUACCAGCAAGUCGACGGCGGUCGGUUCUCUCUCUGGGGUACUGAGGCGCAGGGAGGAUGGACGAGCAGGGAAGAGCAGUCGCUCCUCGAUGCCAUCGAGCAGUACGGCUUUGGAAACUGGGAGGACAUGGCUGCUCACGUUGGAGCCAGCCGGACUCCACAGGAAGUCAUGGAGCACUACGUGACCAUGUAUAUCCACGGCAACCUGGGAAAGGCCUGCAUCCCCGACAGCAUCCCCAACCGGGUGACUGACCACACAUGCCCAAGUGGGGGGCCACUGUCACCCAGCCUCACAACCCCGCUACCCCCGCUGGACAUCAGCCUGGCCGAGCAGCAGCAGCUGGGCUACAUGCCGCUGCGGGACGACUACGAGAUUGAGUACGACCAGGAUGCAGAGAAGCUCAUCAGCGGGCUGUCGGUUAACUACGACGACGAGGACGUGGAGAUUGAGAUGAAGCGCGCCCAUGUAGACAUGUAUGUGCGUAAGCUACGUGAGCGGCAGCGGCGGAAGAACAUUGCCCGGGACUACAACCUGGUACCUGCCUUCCUGGGGCGGGACAAGAAAGAGACGCGAGACAAAGACAAAGUGGGUCCACUGGGAGUUGUCGGAACGGCUUGUGGGGGGAUUGGAGCGGGUGCUGGCGGCGCCACCAUUGGACCUGGUUCCACGACGGCAGUCGGUACGUGUCCAGUCCCCACCACGCCCAAAAGGAAAAUCACCAAGGAGGAAAAGGAUCAAAGGGUGCGCCUACGGGGGCUCUGCCAGUUCAUGGCCCACCGAGAAGUCGAGGAUCUUUUUGAGAACAUGUACAAGGAGCGUGCACUGAGGGCCAAAGUUCGUGAGCUGCAGCGAUACCGCCGCAACGGCAUCACCCGCCUGGAUGAGUCUGCUGAGUAUGAGGCAGCACGUCACAAACGUGAGAAACGCAAGGAGAACAAAAGCGUUGCCAUCUCCAAGCGGGGAGGUGGAUUGGGACUCGGCGGGGCAGGAGGGAGCGCUGUCGGAGGACUCGGUGUUGGCUGUGUGAUCAAAGAGGAAGGAAAAGAAGGCGAGUUUGCCGCCAUCGAGAACCUGACAGGUUUCGAGCUUCUCUCUGACCGUGAGAAGGUCCUGUGUAACUCUCUCAACCUGAGCCCGGCUCGCUACCUGACGGUCAAGACCAUCAUCAUCAAGGACCACCUGCAAAAGAGGCAGGGCAUCCCCGCCAAGAGCCGACUGCCUAGCUACCUGGACAAGGUGCUCAGAAAACGCAUCGUCACCUUCCUCACAGAGAGUGGUUGGAUAUCCAGAGAUGCGGCUUAAACUACUGACUUGUGGCCAUAUGAAUGUGUGCAGUUGAUCCCUUUUAUUCUUGGGGUUACUUUCCUAGAUGCCACGCAAAUAGCGGAAAUAUCACAAAAAAUUGAUAAUGUAAAAAGCUGUAAAAAUGACACUAAAGUUAAACUAUUUUUGCUUAUUUUUUUAUACAUUUACACAAAGAAACUAUUACGUGCAUACAGUAUUUGCAAAACAUGCAGUUACACAACAUCACGUCUUGCUAAAGCAUCUUCCUGCUGGAAAAAAAAGGGACUUUUGAGAUGGCACCCUCUGCUGGACUCAGGGAUGCAGCACACUUCCCCUCUGCAGAUAAUGCCAUCAAACUACAUUCUAUUUAAGUUAGCAUUGUAAUAACUCAAGCAGAUACAUGGUGUCCUGCAAAUGUGGACGUGGGAGUGGGUGUGUGCAGAACCACAAAUAGACGGAGAUGUACUGUACAGUAAAGGAAAUGGUGCAAAUGAGCCUUAUUUGUGUGGAUUGCCAGUAUUUUGUGUCGCCAAUGUGUGUGUUGUCAUGUGUCUCUGCCAUAUCGAGUUACAAUUUGACUUGGCACAUGUUCACGAGAGCUCAACACGCCUCACCACUAUGAUGAUUCAUUGUUGAAGGAGCAGCUGUACCCUUAUUAACAGUGCAAACACCACAUAGUCUCCCCAUAUAUAAAGACUCGCAACCGGUUUAAAUCCGUAAGUAAACAAAAGAAAACAGAAGUAAAUUAUUUUCAAUGCACUUUUGGUAGAGGCUGAGUGCUGCUUUUUAGCAUCAAGCUAGUUGAAAUUUGUCUUUAGGCUCAACCAGGCAUGUUGUAGUCCCUGUAAACUGUCAUAGCUGUGGAAUGUGAUGUCACUGUCCAAGAUCGUUCUUAAUUUGGCUUUUACUCCAAUUUGCAUCCGCAGGUGAAGAUUGCUCUAGUCAUCUUAAUUGUCGUCACUUUGCAAACGUCACUUUGUCCUUAUAUUUUGAAUCUGAAAGUACUUCUGAUGGUCUGGUUACCUAAUCCACCCAUAUGUAAGUUUGAUUUUUUAAAAUUACAUAACUAGUCACCUGUACAGAAUUGUAUGGAAAACCUUUUUUUAAUUAAAACAAAUUUUGUACUG